AUGCCCGUUACUUCUUUCAAUAACCGUCAUUCUAUAGUUGAUGAAGCCACUGCUGCCUUCAUGCUUUGCGCAACUGAAGUAAAGCGCAUGUGGGGGGAACAGUCUUUUAUUGCCAAACUUUGUGCAAUAUUGAUGAAACAUUGGAGGACACGACGCUGCAUGUUAUUUUUAGUUGCAUGGAUCGCUUUCAUGGGAUGUUGUUACGGUUUGCGUAGCCGCUUGAAACGUUUGUUGCUCUUUUCUACAGAUCAGGCGGAUGAAGAAAAGGAUUUUCCCGAGGAGGGCACCAUCUCUGAGGGUAGUUGUAGCGUUUGCGAGAAUCAAUGCAUUGAGGUGGGUGAAAAUAGUUUCAGUGACGUGCUUUACGGCAGCGAAUGGCCCAGAUUUGAAGGGGCAAUCCCAAAUGAAAAAGUUAAAUCCCUCCUUGGUGAUGACUUCGAUCCGACAGAUCAAUUUGACGCGACGUUUAACCAUUUUUUGGCUUCUCAAUCUGGAAGGUGCGAUGGUGAUGAUACUGAGGAAUGUGGUUCUAAAAGGGAAAGUGGAGAGUGA